GCUGAGCCCCGCCCUGCUGAGGCCUGUCUGCAGAAUCCACAGCAACCAGCACCAUGCCCAUAAUAUUGGGGUACUGGAACAUCCGCGGGCUGGCCCACUCCAUCCGCCUGCUCCUGGAAUACACAGAUUCAAGCUACGAGGAAAAGAAGUACAUGAUGGGGGAUGCUCCUGACUAUGACAGAAGCCAGUGGCUGAAUGAAAAAUUCAAGCUGGGCCUGGACUUUCCCAAUCUGCCCUACUUGAUUGAUGGGACUCACAAGAUCACCCAGAGCAACGCCAUCCUGCGGUACAUUGCCCGCAAGCACAACCUGUGUGGGGAGACAGAAAAGGAGAAGAUUCAGGAAGACAUUUUGGAGAACCAGCUUAUGGACAACCGUAUGCAGCUGGCCAGACUCUGCUAUAACCCAGAUUUUGAGAAACUGAAACCAGAAUACCUGGAGGGACUCCCUGAAAUGCUGAAGCUCUAUCAGUUUCUGGGGAAGCAGCCAUGGUUUCUUGGGGACAAGAUCACCUUUGUGGAUUUCAUCGCUUAUGAUGUCCUUGAGAGAAACCAAGUAUUUGAGCCCAGCUGCCUGGAUGCCUUCCCAAACCUGAAGGACUUCAUCUCCCGAUUUGAGGGCUUGGAGAAGAUCUCUGCCUACAUGAAGUCCAGCCGCUUCCUCCCAAGACCUGUGUUCACAAAGAUGGCUGUCUGGGGCAACAAGUAGGGCCUUGAAGGCCAGGAGGUGGGAGUGAGGAGCCCAUACUCAGCCUGCUGCCCAGGCUGUGGAGUGCAGCUGGACUCUGCAUCCCAGCGCUGCCUCCUGGUUCCUUUCUCCUGUUUAUUCCCAUCUUUACCCCCAAGACUUUAUUGCCCCUCUUCACUUCCCCUAAACCCCUGUCCCAUGCAGGCCCUUUGAAGCCUCAGCUACCCACUUUCCUACAUGAACAUCCCCUCCCAACAUUACCCUUCCCUGCACUAAGGCCAGCCUGACCUUCCUUCCUGUUAGUGGUUGUGUCUGCUUUGAAGGGCCUGCCUGGUCCCUCGCCUGUGGAGCUCAGCCCCGAGCUGUCCCCACGUUGCAUGAAAGAGCAGCAUUGACUGGUUUACAGGCCCUGCUCCUGCAGCGUGGCCCCUGCCUUAGGCCUACCUGAUGGAAGUAAAGCCUCAACCACA